AUGCUCGCGCCAUCGCCAUCGAGCAAAUCCUCAUUCUGGUCCAAGACCACUUCAAAGGUGAAGAAAGCCGCUUCGACCAUAGUCUCAGGUGACCCGAUCGCUCGCCUGACCAGCACAGUCGACGCACAAACUCUCCGACCCUCAUCACUGGACCAUGAAUCACACCUCGCAUCCCUCAUUCUCCGCGGCUUCUUCCUCGACGGUUAUGUAAUCCCUUACAGAACUCUCGGACAAGUUCCGCGAGAGGUCUUGCGGGAUUGCAAAGGACUGGCAGUCUUGCAUGUCCUGAGACCAGAAUUCGGCUGUCAGGAUGUAGCGGGGRGUGGGGUUGUAGUUGCGAAGAAGGCGGAUGGAGAGUGGUCUUCUCCUUCUGCUAUUUCUGUUCGCAGAGAUGAGGCCAAAGGAUUGGUGUUUCCCGAUCGAGUGGACUGUUUGGACGUGGUUUGUGUCAUCAAUGAUUUCGCUGGGAUGAAAGGGUUCUCGGAUCCGAGWUGCAGGGUUGGGCAAGAGUUCAGUGUCUCAGCUGGUCCAAUCUCAAAUCUUGGAGCAAGUACGGGUGGGUUCAAAAUGCCCGAGGUCGAGGGGAGGCCGGCUGUAUGGGUCUAUGCGAAGGGAAAGGGACAUGCUGUGGACUUGAAAUCGAAUGAGGUGAUGAUUGAAGAGAGGGUGGAAGAGAAUGAGACGUUCUAUGGUGAAGAAGGUAUUUUGGCAAAGCAAAUCUUGGCUGGGAAAGUGCAAUCGCCCGCUGGGGAGUCCAAUGAGCUGUUGAAGACGCUGAAGGUGAUCAAAUCGCAGGAAUCGGACCAUGGCGAUCUGCCAUACGGGAAGAGUCCCGGCGACUGUUCAAUCAAGAGCCCUUGA